UUAAGAACUGUGCUGAGCUUUACAAGAGCGGUCAAACCAUCAGUCGUGUUUAUACAAUCGACCCUGAUGGUUCAGGUGCCUUUGAUGUCUAUUGUGACCAGACAACAGCUGGUGGAGGAUGGACAGUGAUCCAGAAGAGGAUGGAUUACACCAUAAAUUUUAACCGAACUUGGGAAGACUAUAAAAAUGGAUUUGGUGACUUCCUCAUUGGUGAAUUUUGGCUCGGACUGGACAAGAUCCAACGCCUGACGGAAACAGAAAACGAACUCCGCGUGGAUCUAGGAGUAACUGCCUGCAAAACUGUCUACGCACAAUAUGAAGGGUUUCGUAUUGAGGAUGAGACAAAUGAUUACAAGCUGCACAUUGGCAGUUUUUCGGCAUCUACAUCUACUACAAAGAAUUCCCUAUCCACACAUAAUGGCAUGUUAUUUCGUACCUGGGACAGAUCUCCAGCUGACCAUAAUUGUACAUCGGUUGGGGGAGGCUGGUGGUACCUGAAAGACUGUAGAAUUUUCUCAAAUCUCAAUGGCAUCUACCCUUGUGAUGGAACUCCUUCUCAUCAGAAUAAUACAAUCCGCUGGCCAGGAAUACAUGGUGUAGCUGAGGCUAACCAGGCUCCGAAAAGAACUGAAAUGAAAAUCAAACAAAAGGACUUUUGA